GUACGCAUGCGCCGUCUUCGAACCUGAUCGGGAGGUUUCAUGGAGAGCGGUCGCCGGAGUCAGCUCGAACGGGCACUCGGCGCAUGCGCCCUCGCGUGCUUUGCGGCCACAGGCGGCAGAAGGGAAGAUGGCGGCGGUGGUACAGAAUGUGGUGAAGCUGUGAGUGGAACUGUCCCUCUUCCUCCCCCCAUUUCCUCCCUUUUGAUUGCAAUGGUACAACCCGAACCUUAGACGAAGUGCGCGCAGGACGGUUGGUUUGGGGAAGAGUCCAUUCCGCCCGCGGGGGUGUUCCUGACGGGAUAAUGGAAGGAGAGGGGUUAGCUAUUGAAUCUCUUUUUUUCUCCUCUGCUCAUUGCUUAGGACUGAAGUGAUAUCUUUAAAAACCUUGGUGAACAAUAUUACAAGGAUGCAAUGGAGCAAUGCCACAAUUACAACGCCCGGCUGUGUGCCGAAAGGAGUGUCCGAUUACCAUUCCUGGAUUCGCAGACUGGGGUGGCGCAGAGUAACUGCUAUAUUUGGAUGGAGAAGCGGCACAGGGGACCAGGUUUGGCGUCUGGCCAGCUCUAUUCUUAUCCGGCUCGACGCUGGCGGAAAAAACGCCGUUCCCAUCCUCCAGAGGAUCCAAGUCUUUCUUUCCCUACCAUUAAACCAGACACUGAGCAGGCCCUAAAGAAAGAAGGCUUAAUCUCUCAAGAUGGCAGCAGUUUGGAGGCCCUCUUAAGGACAGACCCCCUUGAGAAACGCAGCUUGCCUGACCCUCGUACCGACGAAGACAGCCUCAGCGAGUUCCCCGUUGCCAAUAGCCGCACCCGGAAGCGAAUCCUGGAACCCGAUGACUUCUUGGAUGAUCUGGAUGAUGAAGACUACGAGGAAGACACCCCAAAACGACGAGGCAAAGGAAAGGCCAAGGGUAAAGGAGUUGGGAGCGCUCGGAAAAAACUGGAUGCUGCCAUUUUGGAAGACAGGGACAAACCUUAUGCAUGUGACAUCUGCGGGAAACGCUACAAGAAUCGUCCCGGCCUGAGCUACCACUACGCUCACUGUCACCUGGCGGAAGAAGAAGGGGAGGACAAGGAGGACUCUCAGCCCCCCACGCCCGUCUCACAGAGAUCAGAGGAGCAGAAAACCAAGAAGGGUCCCGAUGGUUUGGCCCUGCCCAACAAUUACUGCGACUUUUGUCUGGGAGACUCGAAGAUCAACAAGAAGACAGGGCAACCCGAAGAGCUGGUUUCGUGCUCGGACUGUGGGCGAUCAGGGCACCCAUCUUGCUUGCAGUUCACCCCAGUCAUGAUGGCUGCCGUGAAGACCUACCGCUGGCAGUGUAUUGAAUGCAAGUGCUGUAACAUCUGCGGCACCUCGGAGAACGACGACCAGCUGCUGUUCUGUGACGAUUGUGACCGUGGUUAUCACAUGUACUGCCUCACCCCACCUAUGUCAGAACCCCCAGAAGGGAGCUGGAGCUGCCACCUCUGCCUGGAUUUGCUGAAGGAGAAAGCCUCGAUCUUCCAGAACCAGAACUCCUCCUGAUGGCUUUUCCAGCCUUGGAAGAGAACCUUCGCUUGUCCAGUCUUUCUCUGGGGGCUUUAAUCUUCCUCCUGCUGCCGCCUCCCACUUUGGGUCAGUGUCUCCCGUAUUGGUUGGAUCACACAUCCGCACGCACACCACGCAGACACACACUCUCAUACACACACACACACACACACACCGCUGCCUCACUGUCUCUCCUUCUGUCAUUCCUCCUGCCUCCUCCCUGGCAGUUGGGGCUUAAAAUCCCUUGCCCGUAACUUUCACCUGAGUAUUUUGAGACUCUUCUCAAUAAUAAUAAUAAUAAUAAUCCAGCAUCCAUGAUGGGCUGAGGAGCUCCCUGAAUGCUCCUUCUUUCCUCACUAACAAGGUUUUGGACUGACACCCCAGCUUAAGGGCUCUGUAUGAGCGAGACUGGAAGCAAGCAAGAAAGAAAGA